ACAUCAAACAAAAUCAAAUCCAAAUGAACAUUGAAUAUUUAUAAUUCAAAAUACAGCCUCAGCCUAACCACUGAAACCCGUGGUGCGAAAAAGGUUUCAAUGCAUGAGGGUUAAACAAACUUUUGCUACCGAGUGAAAAUCAUCACUUUAAAAAUCAAUUAUACCAGCCAACAUAAGGAAACAACUAAAAAUUUGCAUCAAGUUACUUUGCCACCCCUGUGGAUAAAAUGCAACUUUCUCAUCAGUUUUUGAACAAGCAAGUCUUUACGAGCUGAUGUGGUAAAAAAUAUAUUAUGAACAUGCUUAUUGAAAUCGAGGUCUACUUGUGAAUGGCACGGCACCGUGCCCGUUCUAAGCCGCGCGGUCGGCAGUCGGCACUUGCUGACCGACUAGUGCCUCUCUACCUGCCCCAAACUAUUGGCCUUCGCCGCGAUGCCGUUUGACCGGUUCUCUCACUCACACUUAUGGGACAAAAUCUCUCGCAAAUUUACUCCCACUCAACAGCCGGUUUGGCCGUCUAGAGUCUACCACACAUUCGUUGACCCAACGGUCGUUUUGCUUCGUAUGGCUAAACAUGUUGAUACGAACGCGGCCUCAUUCCAGUCUGCAUAAAUAAAUCUAAAUACUUUGUUCUAGAACGUAGGCAUAUUAUUCGGGAGCAAAGUUAUCGAGUAUAAUAAGAAUGAAGGUAUAGUCAUUUAACUAACUGAUGAAAGUUAUCAAACUUUAAGCGGUGCAAAAGUUGUAAAAGUGCACAUUUGUUGUUUAAUGGAAGUGUUUAGUUAUUUACAUAAAAUAAGUGUGAAGUGUUGUUAAUAAAGGUGCUAUGCGUUACAUAAUUAAUUUUGAUUAAGGUUUAAAUUCCACAAUAUGAGCAUGACCCAAGCUCCAUCUAGAAAUAUGGAAUCAUUACCAAAGCAGUUUGUAUCCGCGAUGCGGACGUUAUUCGAUAUUAUGGAUGAUAAACACACUGGGUACGUAAAGCUCACGGAUAUAGAAAAUCGUUGGAGAGAUGACCGCACAAAGGGUUUGCCAAGAGGUGUUAUAGAGAGCCUUCAAAAGGUUGCUUCCCAUGACGGUUUACUAACAUUUGAACGCUUUUGUACCGGCCUUAAAAUCUGUCUCUUGUGCAAUCAAGUUGAAAAAAGUUCUGAUACAGUUAACAGACUUAACGACGAAGAAUUAGGAGGCGGUAAUGUUCAAAUGAGCACCAAUAAUCAAAGCCUCCAUCGGCCGCCUUCAGCGCCCCUACUCGAUGUCGACGUGCAGCAGGACAAGAAUUGGAACGCGAUUAAAAAUACGGAGACAACAUCACAACAAAGAACUAUAAGCAUGCCCCAGUUGUUAGGCCGCAAAGAUGGCCCUUUCCAAGAUAUGCGAAACCACGGAGCAGCAAUAAAUAAACACGACAGGGUUUUCGCUCCUCCAAAACCGCCAAGAUUAGAGAAAAAUUCAGCAGAAAGGAAGGAACCAUCUAGAAACUUCAAAACAGAUGACGCACCACGCUUUGAGCCUGAAGACAUUGGGGACUUAAAAAUAGACUUUGAGGAAGUAGCUCGGUCGGGAGAGGAGCCCAGUAGAGGCCUGGGAGAUGGAAGACCAUCAAACGACACACAAGCGCAAGGUAUGCGUCGCACGCGCCGUCGCGAGCCUCGGCGACACACUCUACAUAACGGUGUAGACUAUAAUCUCCUUAAACGAAUGAAACAGAUUGAACAAGAAAAGGAUGUGUUGCUACAGGGGUUGAAUGCAGUCGAGGAAGCAAGGGAGUGGUAUUUAAAGCAGUUGGGCGAGGUUCAGGAAAAGAUGCGACAUGCUGGGCGGAUGGGAGCUUAUGUUGAGCCAUGGAGUGAAGCGCAUCAGGAACGCCUGGAGCUGCUGCGGGCGCGAGUGCUGGAGUUGAACCGGCAGCUGGGCGCGCUGGCGGCGGGCUGGCGGCACGGCCAGCUGUCGCUGCACAUGAACCUGGCACUGCCGGCCGCGCCCCACGCGGGCGUGUACACGUCCGCCACCAAGCAGAAUCGCAUGUUAGCAGAGGAAGUAAAUCGGAAAAAUGAGAGAAUAGCUGUUUUGGAGAGGGAAAAGUCAGCACUGAUCAGAGAGGUGUUAGGACAAAGAACUCGAACAAAGAUAAUGGAUAACUUUGCUUGACACACAAAUUAUAAUUUUUUUUUAAUAAGAUCAUACAGAUAUUUAGGUGCUUUUAGUAAUAGUAAAAAACAUAGAAAUAUAUGUAUAAGACCCAGAACCAUGUGUUCAUAAGCCAAAUAGUGCUAUCUCAAUAACAUAAAAAAAUCAGUGAGGACAGCUGCCCAAUUCCAUGCUGUGUAAAUGGUUAAGCUAACUUUUUCAUUCAUAACUUUGGCAAAACAAUUAGAUUCAGCAACAUAAUGGCCAGUUUUUUUAUUAAAAAAGAAUUCAAGGCAAAUUACCAUUUGAAUCUAACAUAAAAGAUUAUCACAAAGCAACCCAGGUUGGGGCCCUAGAAAAGCCACACACCAAAGAAAACUUAUUUUAUACAUUUAGUGUGGAUUUUUUUUAUCAAUUCUCAUGCGAUUUUUCUCAUUUUCUUGGUUAGUUUUGAAAAUAGUAAUCAAAAUUAGGAUAAGUAAUUAUUUUGUUGUUGACUUAAUACACUCGGCGUCACGGAAAUCGCACACCCACCGAUUUUUGUUUCAAGCGAAUAUAGCUCUUAUAAUAUGUAUUAUACUGUAUCAAUAUUAAUAUCAUUUAAAAGCACAAUUAAUAAGCUUUAAAACAUGAAUAAAGCAUUUUCUGAAAAAAUUAUAAUAAUCACGAAAUUAUGGCGUUCUGAAAGAACACCUAGAAUACGCGUUGUAAGGGUCGCUAGUUGGGUUACCUUGGGUAGGUAUAAAAGGGGGGGUAAAAGUGAAAUAUGGGUCAUUCGGUAUCCGAAGUUGACACAGGUCAUACCGGAACAACUGGAGAAAGAAAACACCCCAAGAAAUGGAUACCACGGAAGCAGUAGCAGCUCAAGCAG